AUGAAGUUGACAAAUCCGGGGACAGUUCCUGUAUACACUGUCGCUGGGCCUUCGACGGCCAGGCCGCUGCCAGAUUGGCUUGCGCGCCGUAGGAAGAGAUCAUCCAAGUACGACCCCGAGAACCUCAAUAACUUCGAGUUGCUUCAAGAAUUUGAGUUUGAGGAAGGCAACAACUGCGUCCGAAUCAGCGAAGAUGGCAACUGGAUCAUGAGCACAGGGACAUACAAACCCCAAUUCCAUGUUCACUCGACGCAAGAGUUGUCCCUGUCAUUUUCCCGCCACACGAAAUCCGAGAACACGACGUUCCUCUUCCUCGGUUCCGACUACACCAAAAGUUUACACCUACAGAGCGACCGGUCGCUGGAGUUCCACACGCCAAUGGGAUGCCACUAUGAGGUUAGACUCCCGCGGUUUGGCCGCGAUCUUGCAUAUCUGCGCCAGAGUACCGAAGUGCUCAUCCCGUCGGUUGGGUUGAGUGCAGAUGGGUCCGGUUUUGGCGAGGUCUUCCGCUUGGACUUGGAGAGGGGACAGUUUCUUCGGCCCUGGCAGAUUGACGUCGGCAAAGACGCAGACGCGAGCGGGUUGCAGGGGGGCAUACAUGUCGGAUCUGUCAACGUGGCAGCGGUCGCGGAAAAGACACAUGGUCUCUGCGCGUUUGGCACAUCGAUCAGCACAGUCGAGUUCUACGACCCGCGAAGCAAAGGGAGGGUGGCUGUUCUUGGGGGCCAUGAUGGCGAGGUUACCGCGUUGGACUACAAUGACGACGGGUUGUCGCUUGCUCUAGGUACAAGCACCGGCCAAAUCCGCGUGUUUGACCUGAGAAACCCGCGCCCUCUCAUGAAGAGGGACCAGGGGAUGGGACUCCCGGUCAAGAAUCUAAUUCACUUAAAGACGCCUACCGAAGAGCGCAAGCUUCUUUCGGCCGAUAAGCGAAUCAUCAAAAUCUGGGAUGAGCACACGGGGGAUCUUUGGACAUCGGUCGAGCCGUUGGUUGAGCUGAAUCAUGUCACUCAUAUUCCAGACUCAGGCAUGAUCUUGACUGCGAAUGAGGGCAAGCAUAUGCACUGCUUCUUCAUCCCCAACCUGGGAUUGGCCCCGAAGUGGUGCCAUUUCCUAGACAACCUAGUCCAUGAGAUGGAAACCGAGACGCAAACCGAGACAUACGACAACUACAAGUUCCUCACAAAACCGGAGCUCAAGGCGCUCAGCCUGGACCACCUUAUUGGGAAGACCAACCUGCUCCGGCCAUACAUGCACGGUUACUUUGUUGCUGCUAAGCUGUACGAUCAAGCUCGCCUCAUCGCCAACCCAUACAUCUGGGAAGAGGAGCGAGCCAAGAGAGUCAGGGAAAGGGUUGAGAAGGAGCGUUCCACUCGCAUCAGAGGAGUCAAGAAAGUCAAGGUCAACCAGAAGUUGGCGGACAAGAUUCUGCAACGGCAAGAGAGGAGAGCCAAGGUGGACAUCGAAGCUGGCGUUCUCGGUGAUUCUCGUUUCGGCAAGAUCUUCGAGGAUGAAGAAUUCAAGGUCGACGAAACCAGCUAUGAGUUCCGAGCGCUCAACCCCAGCACCAGGGUGGAUGGAGCCCCGGAGCAGGAUACGCGUUUCGCCGCCAACUCAAGCGACGAGGAGAGUGACGAAGAGUCCGGGUCAGAGAUCAGGAAGACCAAGGACGACGUGGUCAUGCAGGUAUCCUCUUCGACGACAAAAGGUGGGAAAAUCAGGGACACAGCGAUCGGCUCGAGGGCUCAAAAGCAAACACGCACCGCAAAGAGUCGGACGAACGAAGUUGUUGGAGAACAACAAGUCACAUUUGUGCCGGAAUCUAAAAAGAAGAGCAAGCCGCAACCAGCGCCGGCACCCAGCAGGCGCCAAGACAGCCGGAGGAGCGCAAGCACCAACACCUUCCGCCGGUUAUAG